AUGGCAACAUUUCGCCACUUGUGUCGAAUUUUUAAAAUGCUAGUAUUUGUGCCCUGCCAAGAAGGCCCUGAGAAGGGCUGGCUUCUCAAUGAACAAAAGCCUCUUGCCAAUGAUUGUGCUAUUAGAUAUGGUGAAUGCACUAAGCUGUACUGCAGCUUUUCCAUUUACCGUCCUAAUAAGUGUGAACUCAACUUCCAGUUGAUGCUGCUUUCUUCUGUGGCUUUCUGUGACCCUGGAGCGGGACUGCUGAGCUCGCCAGCUCACGCCCUGGGCUCCUCCGCACGUGGCUUUCCUCUUCCCUCCUCCUCUCUCGGCAUACGUGGUGGGAAGCUGAUGAUCUCCAAUACAAGAAAAAGUGAUGCCGGCAUGUACACUUGUGUUGGAACCAACAUGGUGGGGGAGCGAGACAGUGAUCCGGCAGAGCUGACUGUCUUUGAACGGCCCACGUUUCUCAGGCGACCGAUUAACCAAGUGGUGCUGGAGGAGGAGGCCGUGGAUUUCCGGUGCCAGGUGCAGGGGGAUCCCACACCCACAGUCCGGUGGAAGAAAGAUGAUGCAGACUUGCCGAGAGGAAGGUAUGACAUCAAAGAUGACUACACUUUGCGCAUUAAGAAGGCCAUGAGCACAGAUGAAGGAACCUACACAUGCAUCGCUGAGAAUCGAGUCGGAAAAGUGGAAGCCUCUGCUACCCUCACUGUGCGAGCUCGCCCCGUUGCUCCCCCACAGUUUGUGGUGAGACCACGAGACCAGAUUGUAGCCCAGGGUCGAACCGUGACUUUUCCUUGUGAAACUAAAGGAAAUCCCCAGCCAGCUGUUUUCUGGCAAAAAGAAGGAAGCCAGAAUCUACUCUUCCCAAACCAGCCUCUCCAACCCAACAGCAGGUAUUCAGUGUCACCAACCGGAGACCUCACUAUUACCAACAUUCAGCGGUCUGAUGCAGGCUACUACAUUUGUCAAGCACUGACGGUUGCUGGAAGCAUUUUAGCAAAGGCUCAGCUGGAGGUUACUGAUGUCUUGACAGAUAGGCCUCCACCCAUCAUCCUCCAGGGACCGGUCAAUCAGACGCUGGCAGUGGAUGGGACAGCUUUGCUGAAGUGCAAGGCAACCGGUGACCCCCUUCCUGUCAUCAGCUGGUUAAAAGAAGGAUUCACCUUCCUGGGCAGAGACCCUCGAACAUCCAUACAAGAUCAGGGAACGCUUCAGAUUAAAACUCUGCGGCUGUCCGAUACUGGGACUUACACUUGCGUUGCUACAAGUUCCAGUGGGGAGACAUCUUGGAGUGCUGUGCUGGAGGUGACAGAAUCUGGUGGAGCAACAGUCAGUAAAAAUUAUGAUAUAAAUGACCUCCCUGGGCCACCAUCCAAACCUCAGGUCACUGAUGUUACUAAGAACAGUGUCACCCUGUCCUGGCAACCAGGGACCCCUGGAAGCCUACCAGCUAGUGCAUAUAUCAUUGAGGCUUUUAGUCAAUCUGUGAGCAAUAGUUGGCAAACAGUGGCUAACCAUGUGAAGACCACUCUCUACACUGUGAGAGGACUGCGUCCCAAUACAAUCUACCUGUUUAUGGUGAGAGCUAUCAAUUCACAAGGUCUGAGUGAUCCCAGCCCUAUGUCAGAUCCUGUCCGAACACAAGAUAUCAGCCCACCAGCACAAGGUGUGGAUCACAGGCAAGUCCAGAAAGAACUGGGAGACGUCAUUGUACGACUGCAUAAUCCUGUUGUGCUGACACCCACGACAGUUCAAGUCACCUGGACGGUUGACCGCCAAUCCCAGUUUAUUCAGGGCUACCGAGUAAUGUAUCGCCAAACAUCUGGCCUACCUUCUCCAGCUGUAUGGCAGAAUUUGGAGGUCAAAGUCCCAACUGAGCGCAGUGCUGUCCUUGUCAGCUUGAAAAAGGGAGUCACUUAUGAAAUAAAAGUUCGCCCUUAUUUCAAUGAAUUCCAAGGAAUGGACAGUGAAUCAAAGUCUGCUCGUACCACAGAGGAAGCUCCAAGUGCCCCUCCUCAGUCUGUUACUGUCCUGACAGUUGGAAACCACAACAGCACAAGCAUCAGCAUCUCCUGGGAUCCUCCCCCUCCAGAUCACCAAAAUGGAGUCAUCCAGGAGUAUAAGAUCUGGUGCCUAGGUAAUGAGACUCGAUUUCAUAUCAACAAAACAGUAGAUGCAGCCAUUCGGUCUGUAGUAAUAGGUGGCCUAUAUCCAGGUAUUCAGUACCGCGUGGAAGUUGCUGCAAGCACCAGUGCAGGUGUGGGAGUAAAAAGUGAGCCACAGCCCAUAAUAAUUGGAGGUCGUAACGAAGUUGUCAUCACUGAAAAUAACAACAGCAUAACUGAGCAAAUCACUGAUGUUGUCAAACAGCCUGCCUUUAUAGCUGGCAUCGGUGGUGCAUGUUGGGUAAUUCUGAUGGGUUUCAGCAUCUGGCUGUACUGGCGCAGAAAGAAGAGGAAGGGGCUCAGCAAUUAUGCUGUCACUUUCCAAAGAGGAGAUGGAGGACUAAUGAGCAAUGGAAGUCGACCAGGUCUGUUGAAUGCAAGUGACCCCAGUUAUCCUUGGCUUGCAGACUCUUGGCCUGCCACAAGUCUGCCAGUAAACAACAGCACUAGUGGACCCAAUGAUCUUGGCAAUUUUGGUCGUGGAGAUGUGCUGCCACCAGUGCCAGGGCAAGGAGAUAAAACCGCUACUAUGCUUUCUGAUGGAGCCAUUUACAGCAGCAUUGACUUCACCACGAAAACUAGUUACAACAGUUCCAGCCAAAUAACGCAAGCCACGCCAUAUGCCACCACCCAGAUACUGCAUUCCAACAGCAUCCAUGAGUUGGCUGUCGACUUACCUGAUCCUCAGUGGAAAAGCUCAAUUCAGCAAAAAAAUGACCUGAUGGGAUUUGGUUACUCUCUCCCAGACCAAGGCAAAGGCAACAAUGGUGGCAAAGGAGGGAAAAAGAAGAAGAACAAAAAUACUGCCAAGCCCCAGAAAAAUAAUGGUUCAAACUGGGCCAGUGUUCCCCUCCCACCCCCUCCCGUGCAGCCGCUUCCAGGCACAGAGCUGGAACACUAUGGGGUGGAUCAGCAAGAAGCAGGAUAUGACAGUGAUGGUUGGUGUCCGCCUUUGCCAGUUCAGACCUACCUACAUCAGGGCAUGGAGGAUGAGCUUGAAGAAGACGAUGAUCGUGUUCCCACACCUCCUGUCCGAGGAGUAGCUUCAUCACCUGCGAUCUCCUUUGGGCAACAGUCAACUGCAACCCUCACGCCUUCUCCACGAGAGGAGAUGCAGCCAAUGCUUCAAGCCCACCUUGAUGAAUUAACUAGGGCUUACCAGUUUGAUAUAGCAAAGCAGACAUGGCACAUCCAAAGCAAUACACAACCUCCUCAGGCGCCAGUUCCACCCCUAGGAUAUGUAUCUGGAAACCUUAUUUCAGAUUUGGAAACAGAUGUUCCAGAUGAUGAGGAGGAGGAGGACGAUAUUGAAGAAGAAACUGUAGAAAUCAGUAGACCGCUAAGAGGUCUAGAGCAUACUCCAGGCUCCAGUAUGGACAAUCUAGACAGCUCUGUGACAGGUUCAAUGGUAAAUGGAUGGGGUUCUGCGUCUGAUGAGGAUCGUAACUUUUCUAGUCAUAGAUCUAGUGUAGGUAGCUCCUCAGAUGACUCGAUCUUUACCAGCGGCAGUUUUGCACAAGCACUGGUUGCAGCAGCAGAUAAAGCUGGUUUUAGGCUGGAUGGAACCAGCCUGACAAGAACAGGCAAAGCAUACCCUUCCUCUCAGCGACCUCGGCCGAGCAGUCCUUUUUCUACUGACAGCAACACCAGUGCAGCUGUCAAUCAGAGUCAGAGGCCGAGGCCCACUAAAAAACACAAGGGAGGACGGUUGGACCAACCCUCCUUGCCUCAUCGUAGGGAGGGAAUAACAGACGAUCUUCCACCACCACCCGACCCGCCCCCUGGUCAGGGUUUAAGGCAGCAAAUAGUCCCCGGCCAGCGCGGAGGCUCGGCAGAGAGGAAAGGAAGCUCUCUUGAGAGGCAGCAUGCACCGAACAUAGACGAAACAAAGAGCUCCCUGGACCGGCAAGCUAGGACGUCACUAGAGUGGCAGCGGCAAACCCAGGAGUGGAUAAGCUCUACAGACCGCCAAGAGGAUUUCAGGAAAGCCCAACACAAACAAGCCUUCGGAUCAGAAGAGGCGCUCGUACCAUAUAGUAAACCCAACUUCCCAUCCCCUGGCGGCCACAGCUCUUCAGGAACAGCUUCUUCUAAAGGAUCAACCGGACCUAGAAAAGGUGAAGUCUUGCGAGGAGGUCACCAACGCAAUGCCAGUGACCUUCUCGAUGUAGGCUAUGUGGGAUCAGACAGUCAAGGACAGUUUACUGGUGAAUUAUAGUAGUUGAGAAGACACAUUGCAAGCUGCUCUGAUGGACCAUCAGGUCUGAACUCAUGGAAGUGAUGACACUAAACAGUGCAAUGAACAUUUUCUUUAUUUAUGUACUAUUAAAAGAACUGUAAAUGCAAUGUAAAGACACACAGCCACACAUACCCCACAGAUAAUUUACUUGUGUUCUUCUCUUUAAUACACCAUCCACCUUAAACUAUUCCUUGUCAGGAGUAUAUAA